AUGUCAGUGUUUCGAGCUUGUAAAAAUUUUAUUGGCCUAGAAGAAGCUGUCAAUGCUAUAGCGCAAGAAGAGAGCGACCAAGAAUAUGAUGUGGUGAUUUUACCACCAGAUCCAGCUAUGGUUACUGACGAAGAAGAAGGCGAAGAUGACUUGCAGCCGUCGGAUUUACCUAGAGAAGUACCAGGAAUAUUGGAGGUAAUGCGUCGACGUCAUGACUCUACUGAAUGGGAAGACAGUGAUGAUGAACCUUUGGACAACAAGCGGAGCCGCCAAGACUCACGUGAUUUAGUGCCUAAGUGGAGACAAUGUAUGCCAUCUUACUCAACUUCAUCUCAAUUACCUGACAAUACAUGUUCGUCACGAAAAAGCCAGGUAAUUAACCAAUUACAAGGAUUAUCACCUGUUGAGAUUUUCGAAAAAAUAUUUGAUGACGAGGUUUACGCUAUGAUUAUACGUAAUACGUUAUUAUAUGCAGGACAAAAAAAUAGACAUGGUUUCGAAAUAGAUCAAGAUGAUAUGCGCCGAUUUUUAGGAGUGCUUAUCCUAUCUGGAUAUCAUAAAUUACCUAGAGAACGGCAGUAUUGGAGCUAUGACGAAGACCUUGGAAUACCACUUGUGACAAAUUCUAUCUCUCGAAAUCGGUUUCUGGAUAUAAAAAGAAAUCUCCAUUUGGUAGACAAUAGUUUAGCUAGUGCUUCUCAAGACAAAAUGUUCAAAGUGAGGCCAUUGUGUGAUAUCUUGAUGCAAAAAUUCUCUCAAUUUGGCGUUUUUCAUGAAGACAUAUCGAUCGACGAGUCUAUGAUAAAAUAUUAUGGCCACCACUCAUCAAAACAGUUCAUAAGAGGUAAACCCAUCAGAUUUGGUUAUAAAAAUUGGGUAGCUGCUAGUUCUGAUGGGUACAGCUACUCUUUCGAUUUGUACUGUGGUAAAACAGCUGAAAUUUCAAAAGCACCACUUGGUACUAGAGUUGUAAAGUCGUUACUGAAUAAAAUGCCGACAAUACCAGAAGAGCAUACAGUGUAUUUCGACAACUUUUUUACUAGUUGUGAUUUAUUGAGAGACUUGAAGGAGUAUGGAUAUAAAGCUACUGGGACAAUACGUGAUAAUCGGACAAAGAAAAUAUCAUGA